AUGUCCACUUCCAACGAACAAUCUACACCUGCGACGACUACCACGCAUCCUGUAUCCCAAGCACUCAGGUUCUGGCAGGGCGAAAAGAAUCCUCAUCCAGAUGUACACGGCUUGUUUAAAACACAUCUAGAUUGGAGAGCACUCAGCUCCAUGCGAAAGGAAGAUAGAGAAAAUUUGGUGAUUAAACGUGCCAACUUUUUCUAUCAUUGUUUUCCACUAACCCAUGCCAUUCCUGGAGCCGUCCGGAAACAGCUUUACGGAAGACGACAGGAAGCUGCGAAGGCUGGAAAUUUGGGCAAGGAAGGAAUUGAUCGACCAGGAAUACUGCCACUCGAUAUCUUGAACGCAAAAUACAAAAGAGAUGACAUUGACCGGAUGAUGAUAAAUUACCAAUUCGUAGCGCCAUUGGAACUUCAAAUUGAAGAAGUCAAAAAAGGCUUUCAAGAGACCAUUGCAAAGUUUGAGGAAAGUGAGCUCUGUAGACGAUUCGAAAGCUUUUUCGAGAAACUGUGCAGAGAUGGCAAGUUUGACAAGAUUGUUGCGUUUGGAACUGGCCCGAUCGCUGUAGUCGACGGCGGAAAUGCAUCAUUUCGAGUGAGAAACCAGGUUCAGCAUGCAAGCAUGUUAACAAUUCGACGAGUCUGGGAGCACUACAACCCAGGAAAGAGACUUUCAAUCUACCUUCAAGAUCCUGCGUACAACGAACAUUGCGUAGAAGUUGCAUACGAAUACAACAUGAGAAUUCUCGACGGUGAUUUUGGUCAUCAAAUGGGCUGGCUCAAAAUUGACAAAUCGACCUUGGUUAUGUCAUUUGCUUGCACUUUCCCUGUUCAACGAUUGGUAUCUGAAAUUGCAAGGCCAGCAGCUCUUUACUUCACGUGGGGGAUUGUAAAAGAAUUUAUUGAAUUUAAAGAAGAUAAUGGGGACCGUGUUUUCUCUUCCACACUAGCACUCCCUGACGGAGGCGUUGUUGAUAUUCCAGGCUUGGGAGCAACUCAGCCAGUUUGGCCGUCAUUUGACACAGAGUAUAGUGAGAAAUCAUUCAAUGUCGAGGGACUAUCUGUUGGACGUGAGGAUGAUGAUCCCAGUACAAAACCGACAUUCGAAGGAUAUAGGGGCUUCUCUCAUCUUGGAUCUUGCCCUAAAAUGUAUAUUCGGAAGUAG